AUGGGAUCAGAUUAAGAUAAAAGAGCAAAAAAGUAUUAGAUUUUUAUUUUUGUGUUCACAUUCCUGUGCUAUGCAGCAGUACAUUCAACAAGAACAGCAUGGUCAGUAUCAAAAUCAAAUCUUAAAAGCGAAAAUAGUGAUAUUACUGACACCUAGCUAGGAUAUAUAGACUUUUCCUUCCUCUUUUGCUACUCGCUGGCUCUUAAAAUAGGUGGUGGACUUGGUGACAAAAUCAAUCUUAAGUAUUAUUUAUCAUUCGGUAUGAUGCCAGCUUCUAUUUUCUUAUUUUGUAUUGCUAUCAUGGGCUGGAGCAGUUUUGUUAACAUGGCUGUAUACGGAGUCUUUAUGGCUUUAAAUGGAAUAUUUUAAAGUACUGGAUGGCCUGGUCUUGUGGCUACAAUGGGUAACUGGUUUGGCAAAGGUAACAGAGGUCUUUUGAUGGGUAUCUGGUCAGGAAAUUCUAAUGUUGGAAACAUUUUAGGAUAGCUCUUUGGACAACUUACCAUUGAUACCUUUGGUUGGGGAUGGGAAUACUGCUUAAUGUUCUCUUCUAUCUUCUUAUUCACUAUGGGUGUACUUACUUUUAUCUUUUUGAAGCCUUAUCCUAAAUAGGUUGGAAUAUACCUUGAAGAAGAGGGUGGAGUGACUGAAGAUACAUAACGUCUCAGUAAUGAACUAAGCUGCAAUUCUGAUGGUAUUGAGUAACCUAGAAAGUAAAUCAAUUAUUUUACUGCUUGGUGCGUUCCUGGUGUUCCUCUUUAUGCUAUUGCUUAUGCAUGUUUAAAAAGUUCAAGCUAUGGCCUUCUAUUUUGGCUCCCUUCUUACAUCUCUGACAACAACAUGGAUAGUUAUUCCUAUACUAUUCCAAUGAUGAAUGAUAUAGGAAAUUUUAUUGGUGGUGUCAUUACAGGUUACUUAAGUGAUAAAAAUGGUAAAAGAUCUUUUUUCCUAUUACCCUAACUAGUUGUUGCAGCUAUUUUCAUGGCUCUAGUUAAAUUUACCUUAUCUGAUAAUCCUCUUCCUUAUUUCUUUGUUAUUUUUGCCAUUGGGUUCUUUCUUGGAGGUCCUUACAAUAUUCUUAGUGCAGCCAUUUCUAUCGAUUUAGCAAAGCAACCUGCAUUAAAAGGAUAAAAGAGUGCUUUGUCUACAAUCUCAUCUUUAAUAGAAGGUAUUGGAUCUCUUUGUGCAGCAAUUACUCAAAUUAUUAUCCCUUAAAUUGGUUAGAAUUAUGUUUUUGUGCUCUUUAUGACCUUGAUUAGUGUGUCUGUAAUUUUCUUGAUUCCACUUGUCGUUAAUGACUUCAAAGAUCUUAAAAAAGAAAAGUCUGAAAUGAAAAUGGAUUUAAUUGAGGACUGA